AUGGAGCCGUUCAUCUAUAUACUGGGAUUCGUCCUGGCAUCAACAUCCUCUGUUCUUGCCGUUACCCAGGGAAUCUCGUCUACGCUGCUAGAUCGGUUUGAGCAAAUGGCGACUAUCUGUAUGUCGACCUAUGUUGAAGAUGUCUGCGUUUUGCCGGGUGGUCUCUCGAAAGUUGCGACGAUUACCAACAGCACAACUGAUAUCCACGGCUGGAUCCUCCGAGACGAUACCGCCGGCGAAAUCAUCACAGUAUUCCGCGGCACAGAGAGUAUCCAGAACUAUGAGACUGACACCAAUUACACACUCGCUGAUUUCAGUACGUUCCCAGCCUGUCAGGGUUGCCAGGUUCAUGGAGGAUAUUAUCUGGCCUGGGUCUCUGUUGUGGACCAGGUUCAAUCACUCCUGCAAGAAGAAGCUUCCCGCUAUCCGGACUAUGGAAUUGUGAUUACAGGGCACAGCUUGGGGGGUUCUCUGGCUGCACUAGCCGCGGCUCAAUUCUCGUCACUUUUCGAGAAUCUUACCGUCUAUACCAUGGGUGAACCCCGUACUGGGAACCCAGCUUUCGCCUCUUUCAUCGACGAGACCUUCCAGACCUCUAGUCCCGACACAACGAAAUUCUUCCGCUGUACGCACGAGAAUGACUGCCCCACACAGGGUAUUCCCAACGCUCCUCCCACGAGUGAUGGCUAUGUUCAUCACGGCCUCGAAUAUUGGAAUCGGGACCCAACGAGCACAGAGACCAGCUACGUCUGUGGUGGAGAGACGCUGGAUUGCUGCAGUGGGCAGAACGGCUCGGGAAUCAACGCUGCACAUCUUGUGUAUUGGGGUAAAAUCCUCCUCCAUCUUUGA